AGCGAAGAAUAAGGCAUAUCAUAUCUAUUGCAGGUCGUAAUUUAAGUUGGGAAAGUAAAAAUACAGCUACUCCUGCAUCAUUAUCAGAGCAAUAUAGACGAGACGAGAUAUCAUCGAAACCUUCAGUGUCAACGCAAUCUCUAUGGCAUUCCUCAACGUCACCUAUAAAGAGAUCAGGAAGCGCAAACUCUAUCAAUACUGUCGCUUUUGUCGUGGAAGAUUCUUCUCUGUUAAGACGAGCUUAUCAAAAAAGAAAUGAUGAAGAAGGCCAUCACCUUCAACAACGAGAGGUCGACGAUCAUAAAGAGGAGCACGAUCGCACACACUCCUCGAGUUUAUUGGACACCUUUAUGACACUGCACGUCAGCAUUCACAAUACAGAUGACAAUGAUGAAGGCAACAUUAUUCCUGAGUUUUAUAAAAGUGAAGUAACACCCAAUACUGUGAACCCAACUUUCCGAUCUUUACCUUGUUCUUUUGAUUGGAUGAAUUGGUAUGAUGCAGCAUCGAGUUUGUUGAUAGUUCGUAUUUACGCAAGACAUGCUACACCAGAGACAGCAGGGCAGUAUAGUGAACCUGUACUAGGAUAUCAGUAUCAAAAGGAUGUACAUAAUAUCUCAACAGAAUCGCCUGUAGAUACCCUUCAUUUUCAGCUAUUGCUAGAAUGGCAACUUGAUUUGAAUGCAUUAUCAAAGAUCGGAAACUCGAAUUCAGACUUGCAUUUCUCAUUUCCCAAAAAUACUUUGAUUUUUGAACUGGACGAUGGAUUCUAUACAGCUCCGGUUAUCAAGACGCUUAUAAUGAACCAGAGUCAAAGAACUAGUAUGCUUGAAUUGGAUAAUCUGAAUCAGGAUAAUGUGAGCAUUCGAUCGGGAAGCUCAAUUUCGAGAAGCAAAAGAUCAUAUACUUAUAAUAGUCUAAUGAAACUGAAUACUUUAAUGGAAUGCAUAUUUGAUACCCGCAAAUCAGCCGAUGAAAUUAGAGAAAGUAUUCAAGAAAUACUUACAGAGGAAGAAAGAGGUUUUAAGUUGAAACGAGAGUUGAGUGAACGACGAACAGAACUGGUUGAGAAAGAAGCAAGGAUUAUGAAGCAGAAAAAAGCUUUGAAGGCUAAAAUACAAACGUUGCAAAGUCAAAAAGAGAGACUUGCGAAUUUUGAGAUGAAACUUGCGGAUUCAUAUAAACGUUGUAUAAUCAAUUCGGAAGAACUUCAAGAGAAUGAAUGUAUUUUAGAGGAAAAUAGCAAAAUGAGGCAGAACGUUUUUCGCUUGUUAAACAGAAGAAAGAAAGAACUGAUUGCAGAUUUAUUCUCCAUAUACCCCAUAGAACAGAAAAAGUCGUUUGAUGAUUCGCAACAGUUUUCAAUUCGCGGUCUUAAUCUACCCAAUUCCGUAUUUGAUGGUCAAGACGAAGAAAGAAUUGCUACUGCUCUUGGAUUUACAGCUCAUCUAGUGUCAAUGCUGGCUUAUUAUUUGGAAAUACCCUUACGGUAUCCAAUUAAACCUAUGGGCUCAAGAGCCUCUAUAACGGACCCUGUUUCACUGAUUACUGGUUCUAGAGAGUUUCCUUUAUACUCUAAGAGAGUUGACAAAUAUCGAUUUGAAUUUGGUGUUUUCUUGCUAAAUAAGGAUAUAGAACAGAUGAUGAAUGCAUAUGGUUUAAUUGUUAUGGAUUUGCGACAUACGUUACCUAAUAUCCACUACUUUAUCCAAGCCAUCUUAACAACGUCAGUCACGUCGAAACCCACGUCUAUGUCUGUGUUAUCAAUCUCUUCAUACGCUAAUGGUACCGGUCGCGAUCAAUGGGAUGAACACAACCAUCCUAUUCGUCGGGACCACAACCAUCUAACUUUACAGCCUACUAGUACCAAUAACAAUCAACCACCUCCAUCUCCAUCAAUAUCGACGCAUUCUGUUAGCACAACAAUUGCUACUCAUUCCCCCAAGUCUAUCAUCAAUUUCCCGUCUCCAUUAUUGAAUACCUCCCAAACAACCUCUGCCCCAAUCGCGUUUUUGGAUAUGGUAACUACAUCAUCCUCUACUCACUAUCAUUCUUCGGUGAUGUCGACAUCUUCUUCGGCAAUCAAAUUAAAAAAUAAGCAACAGCAACAUCAAUAAUUUUAUAUUCAUAGAUCAAUGAAGCUCGCAUACCUCACAACAAUACCUUUUAAUAAAAUUAUCCAAUUUUACGUUAUUUA